CCCUUGCGGGUGGCCAGGUUGCUGGCUUCAUGCUUGAGGACCGUGAUCGGCCGUUCAAACGCCGCCGUCGAGGCGUUGGCGCCGGCGGCAACGGCGUGGCGGAGGAUGGCGCCGGCGGCGCUGGUGGUGGCGACGUUGCCGCCACGCCAGCUCGCGUGCGUGAGGUGCUGCUGCGUGAGGUAGCGCGCAUGGAGGCGGUGAAGAAGGCGAUUAGCGACCCCACGUCACCAGAGUAUGCGGUGGCCCAGCGGUCGUACGGGCGGCUGAAGGAGGUGGCGGGGGAGCUGGAGCUGCAUGCGGAGGCGGCGGUGGCCAUCAGCGACAUGGCAUGCCAGGUUGCGGACAUCCUGGUGAUGAUGCGGCAGGAGGAGGAGGCGCCCAGCGACUUCCAGGACUACACGCUGGUGGCCAUCAUCGCGGUGGCAGCGCACCUGGUCAAGGUGCCGCUGGGAGAGGACUACGGGCUCAGGCGCCUGGGCGAGCGAUACGGACACGACCUCGCGGCGCUGGACCAGGUCUUCUGGCACAUCCUGACGCGGCUCAGCUACUACCGCGAGCUGCACGUGCGCAGCUCGCAGCUGGCGGCGGAGGGCAACCUGUCGCCCGCAGAGGCGGAGGCGCUGCUGGCCGCCACCGGCGCCCGCGCCCCUGAAGCUGCGGGCGGUGCGGCCGGAGGUGCCGGCGGGCGGCAGGGUGGCGCAGGUGACUCCAGCGGCGGCGGUGCGGCCGGCGGCGCUGCGCCGGCACAGGUGGUAGUGUCAGAGGUGGACUCCUUCUCGAACCGCCUGCAGGCCAUCCUAACGUCCGACGUAAACCCGCUGGUGUACGCGCAGGUGAGCGCGGAGAACAUCCCGCUGGGGCCGCUGGCGACGCUGAUGCCGCUGCUGCAGAUGGCGGGCGUGCUCAACGACCCCAACAUGAAGACCGUUCUCAAGAGCACUCGCGACUGCCAGGAGAACCUGGUGGUGCUGGACCGCUCGCACGGCAUCAAGGUACAGCAGAUCCAGAAGGAGUACCAGGACUUUAUGGAGAAGGUGCGCAGCAAGGCGCAGGGCGCAAUCGACACCGCCAACCGGGACUACCAGAACGCCAAGGCAGCCCUCACGCAGCGCAUGAAUAUCUACAUCGAAUACCUGCAGUCGCAGAUCCCGGUGCAGCGGCUGUCGGAAAUGGCGCAACACCUGCAGCGCACCGCUCAGCAGGCUCACGCCAGCCAACAUCACCAGCAGCUGCGGCGGCCGCUGGCGGUAGUGGGGCCUCAGGUUUGUUGGGCGUGGUGGAUUCCGCAACCGCCCUGGCAGCCCUAGCGGCGGCGAUGCAGGGCGCGGCGGGCGGCUCUGCGGCAGCAGCGGCGGCCGCCAGCAUGAUGGGGCUCGGCGCGCUUGGAUCGCUGGAUGCCAGUGGGACAAACGCAGCCACCGGAGCUCAGGCCGCGGCGCCAGCAACGGCACCAGCGGCGGCGACCGCCACCGCUGUGCCGGCUGCAGGAGCAGCCGCUGACACAGUCAUGACGGAGGCCGGCAGCAGCCCAGCCGUACAGCAGGCCCAUGCGCAGCAGGCGCAGCAGGCUCAGGCUGCGCCGUCACAAGUCCAGCCUUCACAGGUGCAGACACAGCUGUUGCUGCAGCAACACCAGCAGCCUGCUGCUCCUCAAGCGCAGCAGCCGCACACCGCGCCGCAGUCCCCCUCAGUGCAGCCGCUGCAAGCGCAACCACAACAGCAACCGCAGCAACAGGCGGCGGUGUCCGACCCUCGUACAGCGGCCACUCUCGCCGCCGCCGCUGCGGCAGCCGCCGCCGCCACCCCAACCCUGGAGCACAUCUUGGCUGCCCUAGUCACCAACCGCAUUACCCUGGAGCAGCUGCCUGAGCCCCUCCGAAACCAACUUAGCGCCCUUAGCGGUGGAAGACCCAUUCAAGCCUACCUGGAACAGCUGAUGGUGGCAGCAGGGCAGAGCAACGCAACUGCAACCGCAGCGGCGGCGGCGGCCCAAGCGUCAAACGCGGUGGCUAGCAACGCCUCCCAUCGUGCUCCUACUCCUGGCGCUUCCACACCCGCAAGCGCCGCCACAACCAACGGUCCGGCCCAGAUUGCGACGACGGGUGCGGCCGUCACGGCCAAAGCUGCAUCGCCAAGCGCUACCCCUGCCGCAGCUGCUACACCAGCUGCGGUGCAUCCGCAGCAGCAACCGCCGCAGCAGCAACAGCACCUUUUGCAGGCGGUGGUCGCAGCGGGUCUGCCAACCGGAGCAACCCUGCUGCAGCAGCAGCCUGCAGCCCGGCGCUCGGUUAGCGGCGGCAGCGCGGGCAGGCCGCCCCUGCCGAGCAGCGGCCCCAAUUCCCAGGGCGGCGCUGCGUCUGCGUCCGUGUCGCCAACCUCGUCAUCUGGUGGCGGAGCGGCGCCCAUGAGAGCGGCCCACUAUGCCCAGCAGCAGGCUCUGCAGUCGCAGCAACAGCAGCCUCAACAGGGCUCCACACAGGCUGCGCCGGCUAGCCACCAGGAGCAGCAGCCUCAGCAGCAGUACGGCGCGGGGACCGCUUACGGCACCUAUCCAGCCUCCAUGCCGCCGGCAGCGACAUCCUCGUACCAACACCUUCUGGCGCAACAACCACACGUCAUGCAGCGUGCGUUGGGGCCACCGCCGCCGGGCAUGCCCAACGUGUCCCGUCAAGCGACACCCGCCGCUGCCGCCAGCGCCCACACCUCUCCCGUGGCCAACGCGGGCAUGGCGACGCCCGCCAUUGACGACGCCACUGCGCCGGGAGCAUCCACUGCGCCUGUAGCCUCCGGUGCAUGGCCCCGCUCUCGGUCCUCUACUGUCGGCGGCAGUGCUUCGCCGCCGGCGACUGACGUUGCACGUGCGGGUCCUGCCGGUACGGAAGCCUUAGCCGGGGGGCCAUCGCCCGCAGGCACCUUGGACCCGGCUGCAGCUGCUCAACAGCAGCAGCAGCUCCUAGCCGCGACUGUGCACCAGCAGUUCCAUACACUGCUGGCCUCAGCUGCCGGGCAGGCGCAUGGGGGUGCCGCCGCGUCCACGCAGGAGGCACUUCAGCAGCGGCUGGCAGUGGCUGCAGCUGUGGCAGCAGCUAGCGCCCGAAGCAGAGGAACAAGCCCAGUUCCAGGGCAGCCGCCCUUGGCCCUGGCAGCACUCCAAGCGUCGCGGCCUCAGUCGUACGGCAGCGGUAGUGGCGGCGGAGCUGCAACCGCAGGGGCCGCUGCGGCAGCGUAUGGGCUAGCAGCUGCUGUUGCUUCUGCGGCAACUGCAGCGGCGGCAGCUGGAACUGGGGCGACACAGGGUCUCCUACACCAACAACAGCAGCAUCUUCAGCAACAUGUAGCAGCGGCCCCGGCGGGACCCCUUACUGAGGCUGCUGCAGUGGCAGCACCCGGGGAGCCGUCCCAAGUGGCUGAGGCAGCGUCCGCGCUUCCCGCAACACUUGUGCUGCAACAUGCUGCCUCUGCCACACCCGCGGCGCCCGCGCCGAACCCGCUCGCGCAAGCGGAAGGGCAGCAACAGCAGGUGGUUUUGCAGCCGCAGCAUGUCGGUCAGGGACCGCAGGAAACGACCCACGGGGCGGCUGCGUCGGCGCCCCAAGCGGAGGUGCUGCAGCCCCAGGCAUUAAUGCUUUCGCAGCUGGGCUACGCCUCGCAAGCGGACGUCCAACUCCAGCCGCAACUGCCAGCCGUGCAUGGCGUCGAUAUUGCGCCAGGCCAGCAAGGACAGGCUUCAGAGCCCCUGGUGGCGUCAACCUCACCUGCGGCAGUUGCUGCCGCACCUGCUGGGGAGGAGGCUACGGCGGUAAGCGCAACAGCGCCGGCAGCCGGUGAUGCCGACACCGCCGGGGGUAGCGCCGCUGCAGUCCUCGACACUGCUGCCGCUGCGGCGGCGAUGCAGGCGGCUUUGGAGCAGGCUGCUGCGGCGGUAAAGCAUCAUCAAGCCGCCUACGACAACCGCAGCAUCAUGAGGAGGCGGUAGGGCUUCAUGUCCAGCAGUCGCAUGUGCAGUCGGGCACUGCAUGUGGCGAUGUAACCGCACCAUACGGCCUGGCAACUGCGAUGUUGGGAGGCGGGUACUCGUUACAGCAGCCUAGCAGUCUGGACUUAAAUCAACCACAGCAGCAAGGACAACAGCAGCUGAUGGAGCAGGCGCAUGCGACGGCACCUGCUGGUGCGUUGGUCGAGGGGCAACAGGUGGACAAUGCUCCUGCCGGCGUUGCUGCAGUUGAUGGCCCAGCAGCAGUGCACGAGGUAGUUGCGCCCUCGGCGGCGGCGGCAGACGGUCUGGACGCGGCCUCGCCCGGCAACGUGCAGCAACAGCAGCCGCAGCAGCAGUAUGAGAGUAGCUCCAUGCCAACGGCUCAAGCGGGACAGAAGCAGGGAGUGGCCUCGCCGGCUGACACGGCUGUUAAUCCUCAACAACACCAAGAGCUGCAGUUGGAAGCCCAGCAGCAGCAACAGCAGUUCCAUCAAUACCAACAGCAGUACGAGCAGCAGUACCUGCAGGCCCCGUCUUCGCUUGCCACCGCACCAGCUGCCCAGCAGCAACAGCAACACGCAUCACCGCCCCCCGCGCCCCAACAAGACACGGCAAGCAGCCAAGCGCAACAACUGCAGUACCAGCAGCAGCAGUACCAACAGCAGUAUGCGGCGCAGAUUGCCGCCAUGACCCUACCUUACGCUGCAAGCAUGCAAGCAGCAGCCGUCGCCUCGUCAGCCCCCGGCAUCACCGCUGCUGCUUCUGCCGCACCUUUGACGCAAGCGCAAGCUAGGACACCGUACGGUUAUGACCCAGCAGCUUACGCGGCGGCGGCCGCAGCAGCGGCCGCGGGCCAGGGCUACGCGGCGGCUGGAUACGGCGGGCAUGCUGCGGCGCAAAUGGCAGCAGCGGCGGCGGCCCACAUGGCCGCGUACGGCAGCCAGGCGGCAACGGCCGCUGGCUACCCUGGUGCGUACGGCACCGCAAGCGACCCUGCUGCGCUCAUGGCGGCUUACCAGUGGCAGCAGCAGCAAGCGGCGGCGGCGGCUGCGCAGGGUCAGGGCGGCAUGGAGGCCCUAUAUGCGCAGCACGCUGCAGCGGCUAUGUAUUUGCAGCAGCAGCAACAGCAAGCGGCUGGCCAGCAGCAGGGUAUGGCGCCUCCUCAACAGCCGCCGACAUGAGGGGUCAUAGGGGGGCACGGUUGAACGGGGUACUGAAUGGAGUUGCGCUAAGGGUUGCUUUGGGUCAGGCCGUGCAGCGUGGCGGUACUGUUGAGUGGUUUCUGUACCUAUGCUCUUAGGAUUCGUGUUUUUGUGCGGGUUGGGUGCUGGGUGUGACGCGGAAGGGAAGCAGCCGAUGUAUGGACGGCUUCUGCAAGAGCGUUGUGGGACUGGGAUUCUUCGUUGUUGAAUUCUCUUGCAGCCCCUACCUGAUGAUGACACUGACCCUGUGAGGGUAGGCGGAGGUUUGCAUGAACUUGUAUAUGUCCCUCAUAGCACCUAAGCAGGGUUUUAAUCCUGUGCCACGGCCUGUUUUCAUCACUGCAUCCCUUCUCCGUUGUCCAUUUACAGAUAACUCCGCAACGUUGAUUGCGUAGCGGCGCAUACGCCGUUAUGCGGCUUGGACAAAAGACCAAAUUUGCUUAGUAGACUAUGGCCGAUUUUGGCCGGGACCGUGCUUUUGCGCUUUUUGUUCGCUUCUCUGCUAGGACAAGUGACGACUUUUGACGGACGGGUUUUACGAUGCAAGGGCUCGUUGAUGGUUUUGGAGGGGGUUAAGCAGGACAUCGUUCCUCACCAUUUGGCGACAGCGGCGCAACCUAAAAGCCGCUACGUUCAGAUAUUUUCUUAUUUGUGUCCCUGAAUGCAUUGCUGUAAAGUUGUGGUGUGGUGAGUCACUGUGUGGGUCACUUUCUUGUGUACGUCGCCUCUUGUUUUGACCUUGCACAUAGCGAAGUACUUGUGGUGUGGUUGUGUUUUGCCAUUGGUUGCUGGGGUUGCCUUGCACGCAAUAUAAACGGACGUGGAUUAUGAGUAUGAAGUA